AUGAAUUAAAAGGGUAAAACAUAAUUUGAAUAACUAACAAACGAUGAGAAAGUUGCUUUAUUUGGAGAACCAACAAAGCAUACAUUAAAGCUGAAGAACAUAAAAGUCAUCGAUAGAUAAAUAAGUAAAACUCUUUAAGAGUUUAUUAAAUUAAAUAGAAAGGAUACCAAAUAACAAUCAGAGCUUUUUUUACAGAAAUUUGUUAUAAAACUUGACAAUAAAUAUAAAAGCUUUUGGGAUAUUUUCGUUUUAUUGACUAUAGCUUAUAAUGUUGCAACUGUAGCAUUUUACGUAACAUUUGAUACAAUUGAGGCAUUGUAAAUCGUUGAUAUUAUAGUUGAGGUAGUAUUUGGUUUAGAUAUUAUUUUAAGAUUCUUUCAUGAGUAUAAAGACCCAGAGUCUUUUGAAAUUGUAAGUGAUAUAAAAAGAAUAGCACAUAGGUAUUUAAGAUUUUGGUUUUGGAUUGAUAUUGUUGCUCUCAUUCCUUGGGAUGUUUUAUUGGCUUAAGGCUAAUCGCUUAAACUCAUAAGACUAGCAAGAUUACCUAAAUUUUUGAGACUGCUUGAGGCAUAGAAGAUGGAUGAUUUGCUUGAUAUGCUUUUAGAAAAGUUUUCACAAAAACAAAAAAUGAAUUACAUAUUUUUUAUUCGUUAUUUGUAUAAAUUUAUGAAAUUCGUUAUAUUUGCUAUUGCUCUUACCUACUUCAUUGGGUGUAUUUGGUAUCUGGUAGUUACUUAUGCUGAGAAAGAUUCAGGAGAAGUUGGUUUUAUAGAAAAGUAUGGAAUUAACUUUUAUGAUAAUAAGAGAAAGUUAGUAAUCUGCUGUUAUUUCGUAAUGACAACUAUAACAACAGUUGGUUAUGGUGAUUACACUCCAUAAAGCAAUAAUGAAAAAAUUGUCGGUAUUAUCAUUAUGAUACUGGGUAUUGCUUUCUUCUCUUAUAUAAUGGGAAACUUUACUGAUGUUUUAACUAGCUAAAAAAAGCUUGGUGAGGGCUUUAAAAGCUCUGACCUUUAAAGAUGGCUCACAUCUUUAUCUAAAUUUAAUUCUAAACCACUUCCACAGAGCCUAGUUUAAAAGAUUGAUGAUCAUUUUAAUUAUUUCUGGAAACAUGAUAGACUUUGUGAUUUAAAGAAAGAUGAUAAAUAUUUACUUUCUAUGCCAAAACCAGUUAGAAAAGAUUUGAUAAACUAUCUCUUUUAUGAUAUUUACAAGCUAUUCCGUGGUUUUUUUCACCUCUCUGAAUUCUAAGACUCCAAUUUUUUCUAUGAACUUUCAUUUGAAAUUUUACCAAGAAAGUAUAACCCAAAAGAUUAUAUAAUAAAAUAAGGAGAAGAGUUUUAAGAAAUUUAUUUUAUUAUGGAAGGAGAAAUGAGAAUUAGCUUUAAUUAUGAAGAAAAAGAAGUAUUUAGAACACUAACAAGGGGACACUACUUUGGAGAUUAUAAUAUAUUUUACAAUCAGUCAAGCUAGUAUGAUUACAGUGCUCAUACACUGCUAAAAGUAUUAGCUAUCCCUAAACACAGAUUUAUAAAAUUGCUUGAAAAGUAUGUAGAAAUCAAGAACAAAAUAUAUUCAUAUUCAUUUUAGUUUUACAAACAAUAAAAUAAAGCUAUGCUUCUGAAAUUAAAAUAAGUUGUUAGAGAAAUCACUAAAGAUAAGCCAAAUGAAGAAGAUGUUCUGAAAAUUUUUAAAUAAGAAGUUAUUUAAAAAGUUUCUAAAAAUUAGGCAAAUGUAUUCCCAUUUAAAAUUAUAAAUUCUGGAGAAACUCUAUCGCUGAAUGAAGUUGAAGAGAAUAUUCUCUAGUUGGAAUAAUAAAUAGAUAGUAUUGCUUAUAAAAUAAAUUUGAUAAAGAGCAAAAUAGAAAAAGAAAUUGAUGAAAUUGCAGAUAGUGUAUAGGGAAUCAAAAUGAACAUGCUCGAAUCUGAAAGUUGA